AUGAAUACUACGUUCAAUCUUUCGAAUUCUUCGAACCAAACAGACAUUGAUAUAAAAAAUAAAACAAUAUCUCCUUCCACUUCGUUAAAUCAGAGCCAAAAGAAUCAAAACCAAUCAAGUCUUGACCAAUCAAGAAAACGCCUAUCAUCACUUGCUCUAAAUGCUAACGAUGGAUCAGUACGUCUUCAACCUGGAGCCCUAUCUGCUUGUCCAAGAGAAGUUAUUUCUUGCCCUUAUUUCACUGAAUGCAAAGAAUAUGUCAAUAGUCUGGAAUGGUCUAUUUCAUUCUUUAACAACGAAUAUGAUCGCUGUUAUUGUCAAUCGUGCUAUUCACGCGACCUGCCCGAUAAAUUACGAGUGGCAGACGCAGACUACGUAGUACCUCGAGGCUGGGCUGGUUUUGGACUUGGUGUGGAUCCAUUUCGUGACGACGAUCCAUGGAAUGCAUGGAUUGUUGUCUACCAUGGUACAUCUAAGCUUGCAGCUCAAUCAAUACUGAGUCAUCGUCAGUUUCUCUUACCUGGUGAUUUUUUGCUUGAUGGAUCAAAAUUAGCUAUUCGACCUGGGCAUAUUCCAGGCAAAUUACAUAUUUAUACGUCUCCAUCAAUCCAUUAUGCAAGUCUUCAGGUUUACAGUCCGAUGAAUUCAUUUCAAUCACCAAAAACAGGUAAACAUUAUAAUGUACAAAUAGUACUUCAAUGCAAACAAAAGCCUAAUACAUUUAACGUUCAAGGCGAAACAGUCGGAUGGGAUGAUAAACCUAUCUGUAACAUUAUCCCAAAUGAAUCUAUAGAACAUUUUACGAAUCGACGUUCAUCCGUUAUACCUUAUCGUCUACUCAUUCGUCUCAAAGAUCACAAAUGA